UAGCCAUUUGGCUCAUGCUCAUUUCAGUGCUUAAAUUGUCAAUUUUGUCAUUAUGUAUAUGACCCAUCUCCUUUAUGAUCCCAAUUUUCUUCUUCAAGAUUCUAUCAUGAACUCCUUGAUUCCAAGAACCCAAGUUUCAUUUUCUUGAGAGUAUUCAUCUUUUUUACCAGAAGUUGCUGACAUAAAAUUUGGAACUUCCUUUCAUGGCUAAACCGAUCUUGAAGUACCAAGAACUACUCUCGACCACUAUCUUUCUUGUUGCUCUUUUCAUCACUUCACAAACUUCUGAUAGUAGUUGCAUUCUUGAUGUUCAACUCCCUUCAGCUAUUAAUAACUCAAAUUGUGCACCGGGCAACUGGGGAGGGUUCAUUAGUAAUGCUUGUUGUGUACCUGUUUUUGAUGAGUACUUGUAUGCAUCAGGACAAAUGGCCGAAAGAACCGGCCAAGUAUACUUGAAUUCUACGGAACAAGAAGCCUGUUUAAUCUCAAUGAAGCCUGUUUAUAAUGAUGUUUUGGGUUGUGGCAUUCAGAAGUUAACCGGUGGAAGUGGUGGUUGCUCUAGUUAUACAAAAGCAGAUGUUGUUACUAAGCUUGGGAACAUGUUGAACGAUUUAGCUGAAGAUUGUAGGCUUAUAUAUUUGGAUGAUGAACAUGAUCAGGCUUGCAAUUCAUGUCUGAAAAAGUGGGAGGAGAUCGGUGGAUCGUCAAACAAUGGCAGUGACUUGAAUUCUGAAGGUAACUUGUGCAGGUUUGCAGUUCUGAUAACAUUCACCAGUAAUCUGCUUCAUGAUAGGAAAAGGGUCCACGCUAUUUACAAUUGCCUUGCUUUGCAGAAUCUUUUUGUAGGAAAUGAACAGGCAGGCAUGGGUGGAAGCACUUAUACCAAGCAAAGCACAGGUAGAAUAAUUUUAAUCACUGGACUAGUAGGACUUCUGGCAAUAAUAAUUAUUGCAGUAUCAAUUUGGAUCUUUUUCCGGAAAAGGAAUAAAGGAGACCUGUCAACCGGAAAGGCUGGAUCAUAUGUUUCAUAUUCUGAGGAGUCCAGUGAUCUCAAGAUUUCACCUAGGGAAAUUUAUUUGGCAACAGGCAAUCUCAAUGAAGUAAACUUGAUUGGCCAAGGCAUAGCUGGGAAGGUUUAUAGAGGGAUGCUGUCUAACGGCAAAGAUGUUGCAGUUAAGCACAUAAUUGAUGAUGGAUAUGCAGAGACAUUUGUCCGCGAAGUUACGAGCCUAUCCCACAUCAGACAUCCAAAUCUUGUAGCUCUUCUAGGAUUUUGUCAGCACAAAGAUGACUGUUUCCUAGUUUAUGAGCUUUGCCACAAUGGUAACUUAUCAGAGUGGCUAUAUGGUAAAGAUAAAUUUCUUUCCUGGAUCCAAAGACUUGAGAUUGCAAUUAACAGUGCAAGAGGUCUCUGGUUUCUCCACACUUAUCCAGAAGGCUGCAUAGUUCACCGGGAUAUUAAGCCAACCAACAUCCUUAUCGAUGCUGAAUUUCAAGCGAAACUCUCAGACUUUGGAUUAUCAAAAGUUAUGGAUGUGGGUCAGUCUUAUGUGAGCUCAGAAGUGAGAGGAACAUUUGGUUAUGUUGAUCCUGAAUAUCGAACAAAUCACCGUGUAAAUGCCAAGGGAGAUGUCUACAGUUUUGGAAUAGUGUUGUUACAACUCAUCUCAGGACAGAGGGUGAUAAAUCUGAACUUGCAUAGGCCAGUGCAGCUAAACAAAAUGGCUAAAUUUCUCUCAAAAGGUGGUAAUAUAACAGAGUUUGCUGAUCCUAAACUUAAUGGAGACUACUCAGUUAAAGCCUUUGACCUGGUACUGAAGCUAGCCUUGUCAUGUACAGGGGUUAAGCAGGAAAGACCAUCAAUGGAGCAAGUAGUACUAAGAUUAGAGGAGGCACUUGACAUCUCUAUGAGAAUGAAGUCAAUCACAUAGAGCUAAGCAACAACAAUGAAAUUGGCAGGGGAGAAAAGAGGAAGAUGAAUAAAAUUUUCUUGCUUUUAUUGCAUCUUCCGAUGACUAAUUUUUACAUCAAUGUAAUACAACAUUAUUCUUACAAAGAAUUACAACAUAA